AACGGAGGAGACCGCAAAUCAGUCAGUUCGAGAAUCUAGCGGUGAGUGUGUCCACGAGAAAUGCAAAUGGUGCCGAGUUUUGGAUUCAUACAAAAGGUCUCUUACCACGUUCGUGCAUUGAGGAUUCGGCUUUUAUGAGGCAGUUCUAGCAAUCAAUCGCUUUGAGUUUGUGGUUACACUGAGUGUCAGUCUGGACUGGACCUCAAUUUUGAGUGAGUUUGCGACCAGUUUGUGCUUGUGUGCUUGAGAAGUUCUUGAAUCUCGUCGCGACUUUUUUUAAAACCAACGAAAUCCAAGGUCUGUCAAACAUCGUGUUGCUGCUGCUCAACUUGCUAUCUGUUUUGCCACUUAGAGCCAGGCAUGUCACCUCCACACUGCCACGUGGAAAAAUGAGGAGAACCCAUCGAAGAGUGCUCAGUUUUAGACCUUAGUCAGAGAACAGGAAGAACUCGCGGUUCUGAGGAGCCUCGUUCAAUUCGAGUUGUUUUGAAUUUGAAGUGCUCUUUUCCGCUCUCGCCUCAUCUUGUGUUCAAGUGUUUUCUUUUUAUUCCCUAUCUCGCCUCGCCCGAGAAAAAUGAAGUGGGAAAUGGCGCCCUCGACAUUCCGGCCCAUUUUCUAAAGAUUACCUCGUCGAACAACAACCAUGAAACCUGAUCACAUCGCCCAUCAAACAUCAAACAAUCCCUAGAUAGCGACAACACAAUUGAGUGGUCGUCAAGCAUUUUUAUGACCCAAUAGGAAGGAGGCCACCGGACUUGGGGAUGAUCAAAAUGACUUUGAUCUGGACCCUCCUGGGUGUCUUGGGGUGUUUGAUCUCUCGAACACAUUCCCAAGGCUCUAAUCAGGACCCCCAGAGGAUACCGGACCACUCGAACGAGGUCAAUAAUCAGAGACAAGACCCAAGUACGCUCCAAUUCGUUUAUCCCAUGAAGAAUUACUCCCGAGUGGUUGGGGACGCACUAAAGAUAAAAUGCGAAGUAGCUGGCAAUCCCGGAGUCACCGAGUUUCAUUGGUUCAAAAAUGAGGCUCCCCUGUAUGAAGAAAAGGGCCGGAUCAAAGUCAAAGAAAAACUAGGGGGGUCAGAGCCCCAAUGGAGCCGGAUUAGGUUCCGAGAACUUGAGGUCAUGGACACUGGAUUCUAUCGCUGUGAGGCAUCCAACGGUCAGACGACCAUAUCCGGUGAGUCCAUCAUCCGAGUGGCGCCAUCGGGGAGCAAGAAGAACUCGCAUUAUGACGAGGACGUCUACAGCGAGGACUACGAGGAAGACCGCCUGAUCCCGCACGACUUCCCCAUCGACUUUGGAGCAGAUCUGAGCAACGGAGUUCACGGGAUUCCCUCCCACAUCCAGUUCCAAGAGCCCGGAAAUGCUCGGCGGCCACCGGACCGCUCGUCUCCCUCCAAACAAGUCAACUCCGGCUUACCAAGUCUCAAGCCCAACGAAAUGGAAGGGAGCUGUCAACGGUACACGGGUUCCAUCUGUUCCCAAUACGUGGGUGGAAGUGACCUGAUCUUUGUCAGUGCCGGUCUGACGCAAGACUAUAUCGAGCUGAAGCUUCAGUCUGCCCUACAGGUGAUCAUGAAGUCUCCAGACCUCCGGGGCACUUGUGCAGAGUAUGCCAUCCCGGCAAUUUGCUUGUCAACACUACCGCUCUGUGAUAGACAGACGAAGAAACCGAGAAAGGUUUGUCGUGAUGAGUGUGAGGUGUUGGAAUAUGAUCUGUGCCAGAGGGAGCUGGAAAUCGCUCGCAAUCAGCCCAUGAUCAACCACCAACUGGUGUUGCCGGAUUGCAAGGAAUUACCCGUGACGGGCUCGACUGCCAGUUACAACUGUGUUCGCUUGAGCAUGCCCCAUGUCACGCAGCUGAUUAAACCUCACAGCUGUUACAAGGACAGCGGAGAGGAUUACCGGGGAACCAUCAGUGUCACCAAAUCGGGCUUGAUUUGCAAGCCGUGGCACCUGUCGUUUGAUUCCACCACUGUGGGACUGGGGCGUUCCAAGUCGGAUCAGAACGUGGAAUUGGUCGGCGGGCACAAUUACUGUCGGAACCCUGCUGGCCAAGAGCAGGAAAGCCAACCCUGGUGCUACACUAAUGACCCAAGACGCCCCAAGGAGGUUUGCGGUAUCCCUCAAUGCUCGGACGAGAACCUCUGGCUCUACAUCGUUCUACCCGCCUUGGGAGCCCUCUGCUUGCUGGCAUUGGUUAUCCUGGUCCUUUGUUGUCUUCGUCGUAAGCAGAAGAAACCUCUGGCAAGCUUGCAUGGAAGUGCCUCCCCCAGGAGCAUGGUGACAACCACUCAAGCCUCGUCCCACCACAACUACUCAGAAAUGGAAAUGAACUCUUUGAUCCCUCCACAUUCCCUGCCAAUCCCACCGAGCAUGCAACCCUAUCACCCACCCAAGCCCCGGGCUCGAGAGUUCCCCAUCACCAGUGUCAGGUUCAACCAGGAACUGGGUGAAGGAACCUACGGAAAGAUCUACCGAGGCGACUUGGGCGGGAUCAUUGGUGGCGGCUCCACCCAGGUGGCCAUCAAGACGCUUCGACCCGGUGCAAAUUCGCAGAUCAAGCAAGACUUUCAAAAGGAGAUUGACUCCUGGAGUGACAUCAAGAGUGCCAAUGUGGUCAUGUUGAUUGGGGUGGUCUUGAAUGAGGACCCCCAGUGUUUGAUCUUUGAGUACCUGAGUCAUGGGGACCUGCACGAGUUUCUGGUCCACCACAGUCCCAAGUCAGACAUGUCCAUCAGUUCAGACGAUGGCAUGGACCGGGUCCUGGAUCCGGCCGAUAUGUCUUUCAUUGCCAUUCAGAUAUCUGCCGGUAUGGAGUACCUGGCCUCACGUAACUACGUCCAUCGGGACUUGGCGGCCCGCAAUUGCCUAGUGGGCGAGAACUUGACUGUGAAAAUCUCCGACUUUGGAUUGGCCCGAGAAAUGUAUGCCUCGGACUACUAUCGGGUUCAAGCCAAGUCCAUGUUACCGGUUCGGUGGAUGCCCCCGGAGAGCAUCCUCUAUGGGACCUUCAAUUCCGAGUCGGAUGUGUGGUCGUAUGGGGUGGUUCUGUGGGAGAUCUACUCUUUCGGACUCCAGCCCUAUUACGGUUACAGUAAUCAAGAAGUGAUUGAAAUGAUUCGAUCACGCCAAUUGCUGCCUUGCCCGGAGGAUUGUCCCUCUCGAAUGUACGCUUUUAUGGUGGAGUGUUGGCAUGAGGUGCCCAAUCGGCGACCUCCUUUUGCCGAGAUCAAUGCAAGAUUGCGCCAUUGGGAAGGCAUGUCCAACGGAUAUCAAAGCACUAGUCAUAGCAUGGCCAACACAUCCCAACACAGCGGCUCCCAACAUUCCAGUACUGGACCAAGUAACAACACCGGCUCGACCAACGUCAGUCAACAGCACCUUCUAAUGCAACAACAGCAACAACAACAAGCCAAUAAUGCGGGUACAGGGACUCUCACCAGUAGCAAUGGGGGUUAUUCGCAGCCUUUCAGUCAUCUCAUCAACCCGUUCAUCAUGUCCAAUCCACCUCAGCACACCCAUGGCAACCCAACCUCGGGGGCCGUGGGCAUGGUUCAAAUGGGCCACAAUGGGGGCCCACCUCAGCAUACGCUAUUCAUGCCCAACGGCGGCGGGCAUUCCAAUAACGGAGCAGCCGGCUCGAGCGUGGCUUCCCUUCAGAUGGUGUAAAACCCACGAACGAAGGAGGAGACCAAAGCAGACAAAACGAUUGACGACGAACACAACGAACGAUGGGAUGAUUAAUUCUGGUGUCAAGUGAGGAACCCGGCAGCAGUAGUAGUAGGAGUAGUUGUGCUUGUACUUCUUCUCGUCGUCUUCUCUAGAAUUGCCCGUGGUAGUGGCUACUACUAGUGGUAGCUAUUUGAGAUGUUGCUGGCAAUGAUGGUGAUGAUGAUGAUGACGCCAACGUCGACAGCCUCAACUACAGCUUGAACCAAGGCAAGCCAAGAAAUGAACACAACGGAAGAGGGAGGGGGAGAGGAAGACGCUAAAUGAGGCUGAAAGAACGAGAAAAAUGUUACCAAAAAUGAGCUGGAAAAACUCGGGGAAACACUUCUCUCCUCUCCACUCUACAACUCCAGACAUAGCACUCCAUGUACCGUAGUGUACAUACAUGCGUACAUACACUGCAACAAAGUCAGAGACUCAAAUCAGAUUCCCAGAUGCUUUCAGGACUUCUUCUGUCUGUCGCCCAUUCUAUCUUUUCUGUUCCAAGGGGAUGGUAGUGAAUACAGAUAUGAGUGAGUGGUGGAACAAUUCAGCACCUUUGAAGUGAAAUCCCCCUCACCCAAAAGCAUUUCCGCACUAGGACUCACACACUCACCCACUCCUUGGGAGCUUCGGGACCAACCAACCAAAUGGGGGCUGAGGGGUGUACGAGCAAGUAAGCUCCGUAACAAAUAGUUUUGAAUGGGUUCCAUUUCCACGAAGAAAUAUCAUCCUUGUCGUUUUUGGAUCUGCUUGCUGCUCUUUCCCAAAGUGGACGACGAAGCAGUCCCUUUUUGGAGAUUUCUCCACCAAAGUGUUGAAUAUAUAAAUUCAGAACGCGGGUGAUCACGAACCAAACUCGACUUCCCACCACUGCCAAAUCGGAGCAUCAAAAGAGAAAAUCGAGACUGGCGAAUGGAUAUGAAGAGAGUCGUGAACGAUUAGACUUUUUUAUUGUUGUUUCGCUUGCCGAUGAUCUCUCUACGCUCAUUCGCAUCUGUCAUGGACUCUUCUUCGCCUCGGUCUAUUUACGUAGUAACGAGUUUUCUUACGUUUUUCUUGAAUCAUCUCUAUAUAUGUGUAUGGAUGAACAUAAUGUGGAGGAAAUGCCCCCAGAAUAUGUUAUCAAUAUGUGCAUAAGUGUGUGCGUAAGUGUGUACGAUUGUCCUAGAAUUCAGAUCUAUCAAAUGUCAGAAGAGCCUUUAUCGUCGUAGGAAAAAUUGUUUCUCUGCCAAGACUCUCAACCAGUACAACUGCAACACCAAUAAUAAGAAUAAUAUUGAUAAUCAAGAGAAGAUGAAAGAAGAAGAAUAUGAAGGGAACAUAUUGACUAUAUCAAAUCGUAACCAUAUUUCCCUGUUUGUCUUUACUCAACAAUAAAUUACCACCCGCAGAAUUGCAUACACGCUGGCGUCAUCACAC